AUGGCCAUGACAUCUAGACGGACGGCCAUGGCCUCGCCUGCAAUGCUGCUCCCACUUGUAGCAUUUGCGGCCGUUGCGCAUGCCCACGAGCACCACGGCGACAACAUUCCGCCAGGAGAGGCCGUCUCCAAGGAGCCCAUUGAUACGACGCUGUGGAUGCACAUUUUCGUGCAGAUGCUUGCAUAUGGCAUUAUUUUCCCCAUUGGCAUGGUCCUAGGCAUCUCCAAGAACCGAUGGCACGUUCCUCUCCAGAUUUUCGGAUCCUGCCUCGCCCUUCUCGGCUUCUUCCUCGGUCACGCACAUGGCGGACGCCAAUUUGUCGGCGGCAACAUUCACGAAAUCUUUGCCAACAUUCUCCAGCUCCUCCUGAUCGGCCAGAUUGUUCUGGGUCUGUAUCUCAAGGGCCACUGGGAGCGUGGGCUCAACGGCGCCAUCCGCAAACUCAUUCGCCCCUGCCACUCCGUCAUCGGCAAGGCUAUGCCUUUGCUUGCCUGGGUACAGAUGGUCUUUGGUGGCAUCACCACGCUGGGCUUCUGCCAGGGUGACCAUCUCGGCCAGUGCGCCGCACACUUCAUCAUGGGCGGCGCCUUCAUCGCCUACGGCAUCGUGCUGACGCUCAUCCUGCUCGUCGGCCAGUCGUGGAUCCGCAGCACCGGCCGUUCACAAGAAUUCUUUGACAGCGCCAUCAUCGCCGCCUGGGGCUGCGUCAACACGUUUACCGAGCAUCGCUGGGGCACUGCCUGGGUCAAAAACGACUGGCAGCACACCACCAUGGGUAUCAUUUGGUGGUGCGCUGGUUUGGCGGGCAUGUGGCUGAGCCGCGACCGCGACGGCAACCCCAAGCGCAACUUUAUUCCUGGAUUUGUUAUCCUCAUGACCGGCUGGGCCAUGUCAGCGCAUCCCCAAGAGCUCAUGGUCAGUGCCAUGACGCACGCCACUUUUGGCAAAACCCUUAUGGGCGCUGGCGCUACCCGCAUCAUCGAGAUUGCGUUUGUCCUCAAGGACAAGCAAUCCAUUGCCGAGGACGGUCGCUCCUGGAACAGCUUCCAAUAUGUCCCCGUUUUCCUUCUGUAUGCCGCCGGCUUUCUCUUCAUGGGUGCCACCGAGGAGCAGAUGCUUCUCGUCGCGCAGUCCGGCAUGGACGGCGUCUCGUACGUCCUCAUCAUGUACUCUGUCGCCUUCAUCAUGUUCCUGUUCAGCAACAUGCUCAUCCACCUGUAUGACCGCCUUGCCAACCCCAACUCGACCAAGGGCUACACAAGUGCCAACGGCCACAUCCGUCUGGACAGCAACGUCGAAGCUGGCCGUGUACGCGACGCCGAAGAGUUUGAACUCGAGGGUCUAUCCAGCGACGAUGAAGGCGAGGGCCACGGCAUGCUGCACGAGCAAGCCAACGGCAACCACGCCCACAAGACUACACAGAACUAA